AUACAAGUCCAGUGCAUAUAGAGUGAUAUGCGGUUGCGCAGAUCUUUUUUUCUUCUGUUAUACAUUUUCUGUUGACUGAAAUACAUAACACAAUAUUAUAAGCGAGAGGGGAGAGAUAGAUAUAUAUUUAUAAAUAUAUUUCUUUUAUUUUUUGGGGUUUGUGUGUGUGCAUGUGUGCAUGUGCAUUGGGGCACCCCUUUCUCGUUGGCUCGUUCGUUCUCUCCCGAUUCACGCCGACAUGUCGACCAAUCAGAAAACAGUAAGGGGGAAGGAACCGAUGGCGUCGUCGCCAGUAUCCCCCCUCCUCCUCCUCCUCUCAUCCCGCAGGGUCGCCGCCGCCGUCGCUCUGCUCUGCUCUUCGCGCCAUCGCGUCGUCGUCCUCCUCGUCGCUGGCCGUCGUCAGUGGCGACGGCUGUUAGAGACGUGCCCGCGUUCGUGAGUGUGUCUAGUGUGUAUAGACCCGGUCGUUGUUGUGGCCGUGGCUGCCGUCCAAACAGUUUGGCCAGCGGCCCCGCAUCGCGCGCAUCCCUCCCUCUCACUCCCCCCCCAUCUAUACAUGUGUAUACGACGACGACCAAUCUUCUUCUUCUUCUUCACCUCAUCCAUUUGCCCCUUUUUCUUAUUCCCGUGCCGUCGUCAGUCCCGCACGGGCCGAAAUCUCGUCGUCGUCGUCGUCGUCGGUCGCAGCGAAAAUUUUGAAAAUUUGAAAAAAGUGAAAUUUGGCGCCGAAUUCAUUUUUAAAACUUUGAUCGUGUGGGUUAACUCAUUUCCAAACGCAAGUGCUCCAGCUACAAAUCAAUUUCGGUUCGAGUGUCGUCAUCAUUUGAAUAGGCCUCUAUCAAAAUCGUGUAAUUCGACUGAAAUCAAAUUUUAGUGGCGAAUUUAUCAAGUUAAGUGGACAUCUCUAAUACAACGGAACCUUAUUUAAAAUUUAUAUAAGAUGUGCUGUUUGCGAGUGUCCGUCUAAAAGCCCCCGGGAAAGUUAUAUUGUCCAGCAAAAGACGUGAACAUGUUGUCCAUGUUUCACUGGAGAAUCUGAUGACCAAAAUCCAUUCCGAAUCAAACCGAAAGAUAUAUCCAAUAAUAAUAAUCUAAAAUCAAUCUAAUAAUAAAUCAUGAUUUCGCAAGUGAAUUUCGCCCGACCGUGGGAUAUGUCGGGCAGUGUUGCUGGCGGCAAUAAUACUAAUAAUCCAAGUGUCGUCGGCAACAACAACAACAACAACAACAACAGUGUCGGCAUCAUCAGCGACCACCAUCGACUCGCCUCGGCGCUAGGCCUGGCUCCUUUACAAGCAAUCCGGUGCACGAUGCCUGCCUGCCCGUGCGAGUGUUUCCAGCCAGGCAAAUUGCAGUUGAGACAGUGCCAGACCUGCAAACACGGCUGGGUCCCACACGCUCUGGACAAAUUGGGAAUGAGAUCGGGCCAUGUGAGUUCGAACGGUACGGGCCCGGUGGAGCCGGCCCUGCCCAACACGGUGUUCGACGUGGCCAGUCUGGCCCUGUACGGCUGCCAGGCUCUGCCCAUCCGCCUCAAGAUCCUGCUCGACCGGCUCUUUUCCGUCUUGCCGCCCGAGGACGUCGUUCAAGUCCUCACCGGUUUCGGAUGGUCGCUCGAAGAUUACGCCAGAGGUUACAUCCUACAAGAUGUCCAGGGAAGGCCGGUUGAAGUGUGGAGCAUUUGCGGGCGGGACGAGGAGCCGUUGGUUCUGCAACAAUUCCUGCGGUUCGGCGAGACCCGCGUCAUAGCGGCCAGGAUCCUCCAACAACACGAAAAUGAAACGAAAAAUUCCGCCGCAGCCGCUGCCGCCACGGCCGCCGCCAGUUCGGCCUCUUCCGGCUCGGACCAGCAACAACAACAGCAACAGCCCAGGGGCAAGAACAACCACCACCACAAGGAAAGCGAGAGAGAACAACAACAGCAACAACAGCAGCAACAACAACAGUCGAAACUCAAUUCGGAUAUCAAAGAGUUUUUGAAGAAAGCGCAACAGAACCCUCAGGCGGCUCUGGCCGGCAUGCUGGGCCAUUCCGGCCUUCCGGGCUUCGUCAACCCGCUCAACUCGUUGCCGUUCCCAUUCAUUCCGGGACUGACCGGCCCUCCCGGUCCGUUGAAUCACCUGCCACGCUUGCCGCCCAUGAUGUCACUCCCACCGCCGCCGGCGCCGCCACCUCUUCCGGCCCAGCACCCGUCGACGCUGCCCCGCCUGCCGACGGCCGCCGUCCAGCCGCAACAACACAGUCCGCCCGUUUCGUCGUCGAUCUCCACCAACAACAGCAGCAACAACACGGCCAGCAACAACAACAACAACAACAGCAUCCAGGCCGUUUCCUCCUCGGUGGCCCAGAGCCCGUUGGGCCGGCUCCAGGGAAUGCAGCCCUUUGAUUUCCGGUCGGUUGUCCAGCAGACCAGCAGCAGCGGUAAAGAGCGCUGCAGCCGCAGUCCGGAAUCCAACCGGAUCCGCUCCACUCCGCCUCCGCUCUCCUCUUCCGGCAGUUUGAAUUUGAAGAGCCUCCAGUCCGGCAGCGGGUCGACGGCCCAGCAGCAUUCGGCCAUUUCGCCGCUGUGUUUGACCAACAAGCCGGGCGAUCCAUUCCUCCACCAUCCGUCCAGCGACCGGAAUUCCAUCCAUCAACAGCAGCGCCACCGCUCCCGCUCGGCUUCCAGUUCCAGCAGCGAGCUGGACUGGGACGAGGACGACAUGAUGGACGACAGUGACAUGUACGAUUCCGGAACUAAUCCGGCCAAUGCGCUCAAUCUGACCCGCAAAAGCGGAGCCGCCGGCGGAGUCGGUAGCCACCACCACAGGAGCCGGCCGGAAAUUUCCGAUUCACUCAGCGAAGCCGAACGGUCCAUGAUGCGCCGGCCGGGCAAAUCCGGCGGCUCCCAGGGCGGUGGAGGAUCCCAGGGUGGCAGUGGCGGCCAGGGCCAGGGCGGAUCAUCGAUGAAGCGCAGCUGGAAUCCGCUGGGCCCACUGGGCACUCAGCUGAUCAAUCCGGCGACGGGCAAGAAGCGUGUCCAGUGCAACGUCUGCCUCAAGACCUUCUGCGACAAGGGGGCCCUCAAGAUCCACUUCUCGGCCGUCCAUUUGCGCGAGAUGCACAAGUGCACGGUCGACGGAUGCAACAUGAUGUUCAGCUCCAGGCGAUCGCGCAACCGCCACUCCGCCAAUCCCAACCCGAAAUUGCACAGCCCACACCUGCGCCGGAAGAUCUCGCCGCACGACGGACGGACGUCGCAGCCGCAUCCGGCCCUGGGCUCGCUCAUCUCUCACGUCCAGCACGGCGGAGGUGGACAUCCGGCUGGUGGAGGAUUCCCAGGGUUGGGACACUUGCCACCGCUGCCGCUUCCGCACCAUCCGUCCGGAUUGGUGGGAGCCGACGGGUUCGGCAAGGGCGGACACCUGGGCGGUGAGCACCGGGAACGUUCCGUUUCGUCCAUGUCGUCGUCGGGAGGAGGUGGACACGGAGGCGGAAUGGGCCAGGAUGGCGACAUCAAGGGACGGAAUUAUUACGCGGCUUCUUCCGACGACCUGGACGACGACCUGGACGAUCUGAGCAGCCUGGACGAAGGUGAAGAUGGUGGAAACCGGAUGCAUCCGCAUCACGGCGGAGCCCACGAUUUGCUGGCCAGGCCGGUCGGCGUCCCAGCUCAAGAUCAGGGCCGCCAUCACAACAACGUGUCGCCCAAACAACAGCAACAACAGUCUCAACAACAGUCGGGUCAAUCCGGCGGAGCCGUGCGGAAGCGCAAGAGCCAAAAUCCGACGCGCUUGUUCCAGCAGCAGCAGCAAGUGGCCGACAGUUAUUUGUCGGACAACGACGGGCGGUCGGAUAUGUCGGACCAGUCGGCUGGCGGCGGAUCCUCUUCCGGCCGGAAGAACAACAACAACAGCAAGAGCAAACGGAUCAAGACGGAGGGCAAUCACUCGCCCGGAUUGUACCGGAGCGAUGCCGAAGACGAGGAGGCCGGCGGAUGCGACGAUCUGACGGCGGAUGAGGAUCCGCUGGAUUCAAAAAACGAGUUGCCCAGUGCUGAGACGAGAACAACAACAACAGCCGCAACAACAACAGCAACAACAACGCCCCAGCAGCACUCACGGGCUCAUCAUCAUCGGGGGGACCGCCGGAAUUCAUUUUCUGGGGCAACAACAACAACAACCGGAACAGCCGUCAAAACUGAACCGGAUGGAACUCGGCACUCGACUCCGUCGACUCCGCUGAGCGGGACGGAAUUGCGGGAAAUGGCCGGCCUAAUUGACGCCGAUUCGAUCCGGCCCUACCCGCUGGACCUGGACGACGACGAGGAUGACGAGGACCUGGUGGACAGUCUGACCGGAUCGCCACGCUCCGAUUGCGACUCAUCCAGCGCCGGAGGAGUUCCACUGGACAAGGACAAUCCGCGCCGCUGUUCGGCCUGCGGCAAAGUCUUCCAGAACCAUUUCGGCGUCAAGACCCACUACCAGAACGUCCACCUGAAGCUGAUGCACCGCUGUACGGUCGACGGAUGCACGGCGGCCUUUCCGUCCAAGCGCAGCCGCGAUCGCCACGCCCAGAAUUCCAACCUCCACCGGAAAUUGUUGUCGACCGAAUCGUCAACGGGCAACGGAGGAGGAGGAUUCCAGGUCGGUGGAUGCUCUCCGCUGGCCUCGCCGGCGGCUUCGCCAACCUUGGUGAUGACGCCCACCACACCCACGACGCCUACGGCCAAAAUGGCCCCGCCGGCCAGCCAGCCGGGCGGCCUGGAUGGUUCCGGCGGAGCGGCCGAUUUCUCGCUGCAUCAGUUCUCGUCGCUGCGCGACGAGUUCCUCAGCCGGAUCUACGCCAAUGCGGAAGCCCACGGGAUGAUGCACGGACUGGCCCCGUUCCUGGGGCCGGCCCAUCACCACCUGGCCGGCCUGGGUGGUCACCACAACAGCUCGUCCGGCCACCACAACCACCACCACCACCUCGGCAACAAUCAAAAUAAUUUCCUGUCCGGCCUGCAGCAGUCGGCGGCGGCGGCGGCUUUCCUCUCGGCGGCGGCGGCGGCCAGCGCGGCGGCCAACGCCAACGGCGCCAGCAACGGCCACCUGAACGGCGUCGGACUGGGCGCACUGGGCGGCCACCACAACAACAAUCAAGUCACAAUCAACGGCAAAGGCUCGUCGGCCAGGGAUCGGGCCAGUUCGGCUUCGUCACCAGCCGGCCAUCCGCCGACUUCCACCUCGCCGUCGCCUCCAUCCGCCGCCUCAUCCAUGGCCCUGCGAACGUCCGUCUGACCCAAUUUUUAUUCAUAAAAUUUAAAAUUAAAUUAACCGAAUAAUUGAAUCAUCACACAAACCAAAUUCAAAUUGGGCGCGGAAUGGAAAUGAAAUUUCGAUUUGAUACGAUUUCCCACACCCUCGGGCCCAGUUUGAUUUGAAUUUUUUCGAUUUUAAAUUCGUAGUUUUUGUACAUAGAAGCAAAAUUCCCAAUUUGUAAUAACAAUUUAAGAUUCCAGUUGAUUCAUUUUUUCGGGAAGUAAAAUAACAUAAAGUGGGCGGGCGUUAAAUUUAAUUCUUUUCAUCCGAAAUUAUCAAUUCAAAUCGAAUUGUUUUUGGUUUGAUUUUGAAUCAGAGAGAAAAUCAUUUUCAAAGGGAUCUCUUGGUGGAAAUUUUGACAAAAGACAAAAUUGGGAAAUAUAUAAAAUUCAAAAAAUGAUCAACAGGAUCCUCCCCCCCCCCCCCCCCAAACAAACUAUAUAGGCGUGUGUGUAUUUGAUAUCUUUUUAUUCAUUCGAAAUCCCCCCCACCCCACCCCUCCAAUUUUUUAAAAAAUUCGCCGAUGUGUAAUUUAUUAGCUAUAAUCGUCUCGUUUUGUUGUUGCGGAUUAUUUGUACAGCCAAAAGAAGAAACAAAACAAACAAACAACAACAACAACAAAUUCAAAAAAAAAACAACAAAAAUCCAAUUUAAAAAAAUAUAAUUAAUUAAUUAAGUGUCCCCCCUCCAUCUCACGAAAAAUGUUCAUCGUCAUUUUCAUUUUCAAUCCCCAUUUUUUCAAAAAUUUUGUCUUUUGUAAAAUUCGAAAAAAAAACAUAAGGGGGAAGGUUAAACCCACUAAAAAAUCCAAAACGGGAUCUGAUUGCUGAGAGAUAAGAAAACCGCGGAGUUAUGUAAUCCGUCUUCUUUUUUUCGCACGAUAUACUUUGCAUAAAACUAUUAAAUCCCCCCCUCCUUGACCUAUUACGAUUAAAUCCUGCGACGUGUUUGAAUUUCGCGGGGAAUUUUUUGUUUCAAUGUUUUCUAUAUCCCUCCCCUGGCUGCUGUGUGUGUUGCAUCUCGUAUAUAAUAAUUAAUAAUAAGCCUACCACACCUCAAUUUUUUGGAUAACGAUGUCGAUAUAACAUAAAAGUUUAGACCUUCUUUUUUUUAAAAAAUGAUUAGUUCGUAUGUUCAUUUUUCCUUGACUUUCAUCAUUUUUGGCUACUGUCCACACACGAUUGGCCAAAUUUAGAAUUUUUCAAAAGUAGCGACAACACAGGAAGGACUAAUUGAUUUAUACUCCCAGCAUAAUGUUGUUGUAUGAGCGUGAAUGAUUAUAUAAUACGCGUAUUAAGAUAUAAAAUUUCAUUGACAAAUCGAGGCCUAUUACAUAAGAGAAAAAACAACCCCCCACAUUUUCUAUCAUUUCGGUGUGUAUCGAUUGUGUCAUAUAAUGUCCAGUGCUGAUGGUGGCGAAAUUCCAUUCAUUGAUUUCCGGAUUCUGUUUUAAUCCAUCCUUUUUCUCACGUGUGUGUGUAUCUCUUUUGAUUCUAAAUAUUCUCGUCCUCAUCUUAAAUAUUUGAAAAUUUCACGCGCCAAAAUGUUUUUUUCUAUCUUCACGCACAUUGAUAUGUUUUUACAUGUACGAAAAUUUUUCAAAAUUUCCCGCCUAAAAAAAUUUCAAAAUGACAAAAAAUUACCGACCCCCUGCCUACAAAAAUUAAAUUUAAAAAAAUUAAAUCUUUUCUUUUUUUUCAUUAUCGGCAUUGUGAUUGAAUUUCGAUUGAUUGGCAAAGUAUAUAGGCCUAAUCAGAUCCCCACCCCCUCACCCCUAUUCUAUACACUGUGUACUACUCUCAUAUAUGAAAAAGAUGUGAUGUGAUUCUAUGAUUAUGUGCUGUGUGCGUUUUUGAUCGGCUGCUGCUGCUGUGUGUGUACGUGUGUGUGUGUAUACAUGGGUCCCGCGUGUGUGUGUGUGUCUGUCAAUGUCCGUUGUUUAGCAAUACAACAGAAAAAGAUGUUCACCCCAAAA